UUUAUCCAUAAUAUUUUCCGUUUACCUAAUUGUUUUGCAACGGUAAGUUUCACUAACGAAGUAUGCGUUGAACACCUACAUGCAUAAUCGAUAGUGCCGAUGCAUUCUGUUUUCCAUGUUUUGUUGAUAUAUUUACUACUUUUUUUAUACCGGAACUUCAUCGGCAGCGAAAAUGCUCUCGAACAUGUUGUCAUCUUCAUCGAUCCACUCUUCGUCAUCGUCAUCGUUCUCAUUCUCUCCUUGCAACUUGGGUGCCAGCUCUACUGUCUCCUGGUCACCUUCACCUUCUUCAUCAUCUUCGUUAUCAUCUUCGUUUGGCUGUCGUACUGUUGUCGAUGCAAGUCUGGACUGCGUAGCGGUGCCGUUGAAAGCUGAUCCAUCAGCAAUUUUGGCUAAUAGCCGCUUCUGAUCUUUCACCCAUGUCUCGGCUCUCUCCAACUUCCGCUUCA